AUGGUGGUGCCAAAGAGAUCCGGAGUUCAACAAAGAACCGUGCCAAGCUAUUCGGUCAAGGAGGGCUGCGAGAGCGCUCUGGCCGACCUCCUCUCCUCAUGCCAACGGCAGCUCCCCCCUGCGUUCGUCGAACACUUGCGGGACGUUGCUUUCAGCACUCCCCUCGGGGACACUGCCUUCUUCCCAUGCCCUCUAAAGGAACAGGAGGCUACGGCCUCCAUCAAAGCCCUCGAGGGCAUGGCUGCCGCCGCAAUCGCUGACCUGAGGUAUGGGCCUCAGCCCGCGAGGAACAUUGACAUCGAUGUGGCACGAACUGCGUGCUUCCUCAUCUCAGCCUACCUGACCACCAUUGACGGCAUGGACAAAGCACAUCCCAACGUCAAGUCCAAAAUCCCAGGCACGUUGUCGUACACAUCCAUUCUCUACCGGCGCCUGUCAGCAAACUUAUACGAAACCAAGAAACCCGGAGAAUACUACCACCUCCAUGGAUCUCUGGAAGCCAGUAAAGCUCUCAACAUGGUUGGCCUACCGGCAUUCAACCCUGACCUCCAAAGCUACACCGAGUGCAUCAAGACUAUCGAGACGGCGAUGAAGCGCUUCACCGUCGAGGAACUUGAAGAGCUGAAUAGCAGAGAAGGCCAAGCCGGCGUUCCGGUCCUCAGAAAGGAGCAGUUCUUGGACACGCCACAUGGCAAAGCUCUCGAAUCUCUCCCCCCCUUUACAGUCAAACCAGCCGAGACCACCACUCCACCGACCCCAUUUGAAUCUCAAACGACAACCACCGGCCCCGAACAAUGUCUCCGUGGAAUCCGCGUGCUCGAGCUUUGCAGGGUGAUCGCCGGCCCGACGAUCGGCAGGUCCCUUGCGGCACACGGCGCCUCCGUGCUCAAGGUAACCUCCGCGCAGCUCCCGGACGUCCCCUUCUUCCAGGUCGACGUGAACACCGGCAAACAUACAACCUCUCUGCACCUGAAGGACCCUGAAGACCGCGCAAAGUUCGACGCCCUCCUCGCCAGCGCGGACGUGAUCCUGGACGGCUAUCGCCCCGGCGUGGUCGACCGCCUCGGCUACGGACCGGAAAAGCUUGCCGCCAUCGCCAAGAAGCGCGGCAAGGGCUUCGUCUACGUGGCCGAGGACUGUUUCGGCGGUACGGACCUCGGGGAGGGCAGGGCCGAGUGGGCCGGGCGCCCGGGGUGGCAGCAGAUCGCGGACUGCGUGAGCGGCGUCGCGUGGGAGCAGGGCCACUUCAUGGGCCUCGACGCGCCCGUCGUCCCGCCCUUCCCGAUGUCCGACUACGGCACGGGGGCGCUCGGCGCCGUUGCCGCGAUGGCCGGGCUGUAUCGUCGCGCGACGGAGGGCGGGUCGUGGGUUUGCAGGACGAGUCUGUGCCAGUACGAUGUCUUCCUGCUCUCGCUCGGAGCGUACUCGCCCGAGGUGCAGGCUAAGCUGCGCAAGACUCACGACCCUGCGUUCUUUGAACUGCGACAUCACGACUCAGUGGACGAGGUCAGCAAGAGGGCUCUGCGGAGUGUGAAGAGGCUGCAUCCCGGCUUGUUUGCUGAGGAUAUGGUGCAUUCCGCGUGGAGCGAGGGAUUUGAUGCGGAGGUCAGUUGGCCUAGAGAGGCUGUCAGCGUCGAGGGCAUCAGAGUUGGACACAGCAGGGCAUCGAGGCCCAAUGGCGCUGAUGCGCCUUCUUGGGAGGAUUGGGAGGUUCAGGAGGAUAUCGUUAGGGCUUGA